UACAAGACGAAACGUUUUCAAAAUGGCCGCCAUUCUAUAGACAUAGUUAGACAGUUUGCAGUAUUUUGAUCAACUAUUUCUAAUUACAAACUGCAAAAUUCAAUUAUAAUUAAUAACUGUGAUAUAGCUAGUGAAUGCAUCGAUAAUUGUGAAUUUUAUUGAAGUGACUGGGGGAGUAUUUACUUAGUGACGGUCUAAAAAGCAGACAAUCGCAUGGGGUUAACAAAAUGACGCAGUUUUUACCCCCAAACUUGCUUGCAUUGUUUGCGGCGAGGGACCAAAUCCCUUACUUGCCGCCUGCAGCCAAGUUGCCACAUGAGAAGAAACAAAAAGGCUACGAUGGAGUCGGCGCUUUUCUCAAUGUAUUUGAGCACCCAUCAGAAACCCCCCCGCCCACGCGCGUGGAGACCCGCGAGGAGCGCCUCGAGCGCCGCCGCCGGGAGCGAGCUGAACAAACUGCGUAUAAGUUGGAGCAAGAGAUCGCGUUGUGGGACCCGAGCAUUAACCCACGGGCCACAGGGGAUCCGUUUAAAACACUGUUUGUUGCUCGCGUGAACUAUGACACAUCUGAGUCGAAACUCAGAAGAGAGUUUGAGGGCUAUGGACCAAUUAAAAAGAUAUACCUAGUGUAUAACAAGGAGGACGGCAAGCCGCGCGGCUACGCGUUCAUCGAGUACGAGCACGAGCGGGACAUGCACUCCGCGUACAAGCACGCAGACGGCAAGAAGAUCGACGGCAAGCGUGUGCUCGUGGAUGUGGAGCGGGCUAGGACUGUGAAGGGCUGGCUGCCGAGGAGAUUGGGUGGCGGUCUCGGCGGGACCCGUCGGGGCGGCAACGACGUGAACAUCAAGCACUCUGGUAGAGAAGACAACGAGCGCGAGCGGGAGAGAUACCGCCUCGAGCAGAGAGACCGGGACCGCGAGCGGGACGAGCGCGGGGCGAGGGACCGGCCCGAGCGCGGUGCCCGUCGCCGGACUCGUUCCCGCUCGCGGCGCCGCUCGGGCUCGCGCGCACGGCGCCGCUCGCGGGACAAGAGAGAUGACGAACCGCAGGACAAACGUCGUCGUCGUUCCCGUUCCCGGUCGGAGCGGAGACGCGAGAGACGAGAGCGGGACAAGGACAAGGAUAAGGAUAAAGACGGCAAGGACAAGGACCGGGAUGGCAAGGACAAGGACAGAGAUGGCAAGGACCGGGAUAAGGACCGGGACAGACGUCGCAGGAGGGACAGAGACAGACGCGAGCCUAAAGUUAAACCGGAGGAUAUUAAGAUCAAGGAGGAGCCGCAUGAUGAUUACCCCGAGUUCAGUCUCCCACCGCUCGAUGUCCACAUCAAGCAGGAGCCGAGCGAGGACGAGAACAAGUACAACCCGGAGGAGGCCAACGGGGACGAUUAUAAUUAUUAGAUUUAAUAAAUACUUGAUUUUAAA